UUGAAUUGAUUUAUCACAUACAAAAAAAUUUCCUCAAAGUAUGUGAAAAUUGGUGCAAAAUGCGGAUAAAUUUGUUGAUAUUGUGGAUCGUUACGUGUUUCUGGCACGUCGAUUCACGUCCCGACGCUGGCAAAUGGGUCUACAACAUCGAGGAUUUCGGCGGGGUAAUCCAACUUCAACGACGAUUGUUUGCCGGUUCAAAGAUUUUCGUGCAAAUUACUUGCGGGCCUCUUUCUGUGAACGCGGGUGAAUUAACAGUCAAAUGGCGCGUUCGCCCGAUGGAUAUCGACUGCCCGGACACGAAUCAACCCAUCGCCAAUACAACAGAAGGCUCAACUUCGUACACGUGUGACCAUGACGGGCAAAUAGUUAUUCUCGAAUCGUCUGUUGUGCAAAAAAAAGAUGAAAAAACGCCCGAAAAGGGAUCUCGGAAGCCCCUUACGACGAUCGUGGUUGAUGGGCAUUACGUUUUUGCGAUCGAAGUCGAGUACAAACAUGACAAACCAGAGUCGCUGGGCACCUACAUGAUCGAAAUGAUUGGUCCACAGGGUUAUUUAUCGGCAGAUAAUUGGCCUUUGCUCCCAUUUUACGGCACAAUGUGCAUCGUUUACGUGAUUCUCGGCGUUAUUUGGUUGACGGUGUCGUUUUUGCAAUGGCGCGACUUGUUGCGGAUCCAAUUUUGGAUUUGCGCCGUCAUUUUGCUCGGAAUGCUCGAAAAGGCGAUGUUUUAUGCGGAAUAUCAGCGUGUCAAUUCGAACGGCGUAAACAAACAAAGUGUCGUCCUGUUCGCGGAAUGGGUUUCUUGUGCCAAGAGAACGUUGGCUCGCAUGUUGGUGAUCAUCGUUAGUCUGGGUUUUGGCAUUGUCAAACCUCGUUUGGGUCCCAUGCUCCAUCGCGUGGUCUGUGUCGGCGGAUUAUAUUUCGUACUUGCCUGCUACGAAGCUUAUAGUCGAAUUACGAGCGACGACAUGUACUUAAUUGCAAGUAUUCCGCUCGCAAUUCUCGAUUCGGCGAUCUGUUGGUGGAUUUUUACGUCGCUCGUACAAACAACGCGAACACUGAGGCUUCGCCGAAAUACCGUGAAGCUCGCGUUGUAUCGUCAUUUCACAAAUACGCUCAUUUUUGCCGUAAUUGCGUCGGUAUUUUUCAUGCUGUACUCGAUAAAAGCGCAUCGACUGAACCCUUGUGUCACAGAUUGGAAGAAUUUGUGGCUCGACGAUGCAUUUUGGCAUAUCCUGUUUUCCGUUUUGUUGCUCGUCAUCAUGAUUUUGUGGCGACCAACGAAUAAUAAUCAACGAUAUGCAUUUACGCCGCUGCUGGACAACCCCGAAGAUGAGGAUGAUGAAGAGGAAGAAGAGCAAUUUGUCUCGGAUGCGUAUGGCGUAAAGAUGCGCGGCACUCACGGAAACUCCACAAAACCGCCAAAGAGUGCAAAUAACGACGAAGACGAUCUCAAAUGGGUCGAAGAGAACAUCCCCGCUGCGAUAAAUGACGCUGCGCUGCCCAUUCUCGACUCCGACGAGGAAAUUAUCAACACAAAAUUCGAAGUUUCCAAAAUGCAGUAAAAAAAAAAUAAAUUAAUAUAUUUUGUACAUAGUUCUUAGUGAGCACCUUACCUCUUAUACUUAUCGUACUUUUUCAUCAUAAAAAAAAUGUAUCUUAUCAUAUUUAUUAGCGUAUAAAACUUAGUAUUUAUGGGCAUUUUUUUGCUUUUUUUCACGUGAAACAUUUUUCGUGUAAAUAAAAAAAACUAACGAGUUGCAAUGAAUUUUUACCAAGAUUAAUUCACAUUUUUCACACGAGAAGUCACAGUUCAAGUCUUGUUUUGCGGCAAAAAAAAAAUUUAGGUAGAGCCUAAUUUUUAUCCUAAUUUGUGAAACAGAGACCAUCCUUUUUAAUUUUUAGAACACAAAAUUAACUAAAAAUAAAUUUUAAAUUAAAUUAAGCGUAAGAUAUACGAGAUAUAUUGUAUUGUAAUGAUAAAUAAGAUGCUAAA